CACUUCCGUGCGUAAAAAUUGACAUCUGUGUUCAUUGUUGUUAUUUACUGUCAUAUUUACAAGAUAAUUUUGCGAAAUUACCACAAAGUUAAUUAUUAAAUGAAACAAACGGACACCAUUUAUACUUGUGGUAUUAUAACGCGCUCUCAAAAAUACAGAAAAUCUAAAUGAAACAUGGGCGGGAAAGCGGAGAAAGGUACUCCGAAAUACAUCGCGAACAAAAUAAAGGCUAAAGGCCUCCAGAAGCUGCGCUGGUACUGCCAGAUGUGUCAGAAACAAUGCCGCGACGAGAACGGCUUCAAAUGCCACACGAUGUCGGAGUCGCAUCAGCGUCAACUGCUUCUAUUCGCCGACAACGCUUCCAAGUACAUCGAUCAGUUCUCCAAGGAGUUCUCUGACGGCUACGUCGAUUUGCUCAGCAGGCAGUUCGGUACGAAGAGGGUGAAUGCUAACAAAGUCUACCAGGAGUACAUUUCUAACAGAGAUCACCUCCACAUGAACGCAACGCAGUGGGAGACACUAACCGACUUUGUGAAAUGGCUCGGUCGUGAAGGGAAGUGUGUUGUCGAUGAAACCGAGAAGGGAUGGUUUGUUACAUACAUAGACAGGGAUCCUGCAGCAAUCGCCGCCCAAGAAGCAAAGGCCAAGAAGGAGAAGAUGGAUAAGGAUGAUCAGGAAAGAAUGUUGGAAUUCAUACAGAAGCAAGUGGAAAAGGGAAAAAAGGAGAAUGAUUCAAAUAUUGAACCAACGUAUACGGAGCUCAAGAGAGAGAGUAGUCAGGAGCGAUUGACCUUUAAUCUCAACUUGAAGAGGAAAAAUGAAGAUAAAAAAUCCGAGGUCCUGUCAUCUUCGGCCUUGAAAUCUCUGAAGAGUAAAGAGGAUAGUAAGAGAAUUAGAAUAGAGGAGUCCACGAGCAGACAGUCAGCGCUCGAUGAAAUCAUGAAAAUGGAGGAGAAAGCUAAAGAGAAAGCUAAUAGUGCAAGAGAAGGAAAACUCGAAAUUAACCCUGUACCAACCCGUCUAGCCAGCGUGAAUCAUCUGGAGACUGUGGUGCCAUCUUGCGGCCGUAAAGUUCGCGUCGUGAACGGAGCGUACCGGGGGUGCGUGGGCACGCUGCGAGACGUCCGCACCGACGCCUACAGCUGCGACAUCGAAAUAGCGGAGGGUCCUCUCACAGGUCGGCUGGUGAAGGGCGUGGAGUACGAAGACAUAUCGAAAAUGGCUUCAUGAUACACGAUAGAUUAAUAAAACUGUUGAUAAUGUUAAAAGGAGUUUGUUUUAUU